AUGGCGAACCAGACUUCAAUGGCGCCCGAACAGGCAAGCGACGAGGCACGCCAUGGGAAAGGGCGAUUAGGAUUGCAUGAGCUGUAUCUGUUCCUUCGCCAUCUUGCAACGUUUGGGUGGUUUUGGCGUCGCAAAUCCCAAGUGCAGCGCUUGUGCGACCAACGGCCACCAACCACCAACCAGCGCAGCUCAGCGGCAAACGGGCGCAGCGACGCUGCAUUGCGCUGGACAAGUCAGAGCUUGGAUACUGGCUCAGAGGCUCUCUACCCCUGCCAGUUAGGCAACAUUGUUCUCUUAUCAGGCUUCGACAUUAGCCGUUCUCCACCAUCUGCGGUACGCACGCAAGGCGCAUUUCGCUCCUACUUUAUGCAUAGAUAG